AUGGCUGCUGGCACUGAAUUUUCACCCGUAUUCAUACAAGGUGGUGGUUAUAAUAGUAAGGAUAAUGGCAGAGUGAAUGAGGGGAUAUCUGAAAAUGUGGAGGGCCUUAAGCAAACAUUGACAUGUAAACCGCCACGUCAUCUCUCCGUCGUUCGCCAUUCUAUCAGCGACGCCACUUUAGUCUCACCCACAGAGUUAGUGGACUCUGAUCUUGGAGAGUCUGGACACAAGUUGCCGUCAGAUACAUUUUGUAGCUUCCAGCCGGUUUUUCGAUCUGGAAGCUGUGCCGAGAAAGGGCCUAAGCAGUAUAUGGAGGACUUGCAUAUAUGCAUAAAUGAUUUGCCGCAACAUUUAGGCGAAAAUGGGCGUUGCACUUCCCCUGGAGCUUUUUAUGGGGUGUUUGAUGGUCAUGGAGGUAUAGAUGCAGCAUCGUUCAUCAGGAAUAAUAUACUUAAGUUUAUAGUCGAAGAUUCCUUUUUCCCAGUAUGCUUGGAGAAGGCAAUCAAGAGUGCUUUCUUGAAAGCUGAUUAUGCAUUUGCCGAUGACAGUUCUGUAGACAUAUCAUCUGGGACAACAGCGUUGACCGUAUUCAUUUCUGGAAGAAGAAUGAUAGUUGCCAACGCGGGGGACUGCCGGGCGGUGCUGGGCAAACGGGGCAGGGCCAUCGAGCUCUCGAAAGACCACAAGCCCAACUACACAUCCGAGCGUCUCCGUAUCGAGAAACUGGGAGGCGCAAUAUACGACGGGUACCUCAACGGGCAGCUGUCUGUGUCGCGGGCCCUGGGUGACUGGCACAUGAAGGGCCCGAAAGGGUCAGCCUCCCCACUAAGCGCAGAGCCCGAACUGCAGGAGACAGUUCUUACGGAGGAUGACGAGUUGUUGAUCAUAGGGUGUGACGGGUUGUGGGAAGUGAUGAGCAGCCAGUGUGCUGUGACGAUGGCCCGUAAGGAGCUUAUGAUGCACAAUGAUCCCGAGAGGUGCUCCAGAGAGCUUGUGAGGGAGGCAUUGAAACGCAACACGUCUGAUAAUUUGACGGUUAUAGUCAUCUCUUUCUCCUUAGACCCACCGCCAAAGAUCGAGAUUGCUCCAUCUCGGGUCAGGAGGAGCAUCUCGGCUGAGGGCCUCAAUCUACUUAAAGGUGCAUUGGAAGCUAAUUAA